AUGAGUAACGCACAAGCUCGGGGCGGUGCCCGGAAGAUUUCCUUCAAUGUCAGCGAGCAGUACGACAUCCAGGAUGUUGUUGGCGAAGGUGCCUAUGGUGUGGUUUGCUCUGCCAUCCACAAGCCCUCAGGCCAAAAGGUUGCCAUCAAGAAGAUCACGCCCUUUGAUCACUCCAUGUUCUGCCUGCGGACAUUGCGUGAAAUGAAGCUCCUCCGGUACUUCAACCAUGAGAACAUCAUCUCCAUUCUCGAUAUUCAGAAGCCUAGAAGCUACGAAUCAUUUAAUGAGGUCUACCUCAUCCAGGAGCUGAUGGAGACUGAUAUGCACCGCGUCAUCCGCACACAGGAGCUCUCGGACGAUCAUUGCCAGUACUUCAUCUACCAGACGCUGCGUGCCCUCAAGGCCAUGCACUCUGCCAACGUUCUCCACCGCGAUUUGAAGCCUUCCAACUUGCUUCUCAAUGCCAACUGCGAUCUCAAAGUGUGCGAUUUCGGUCUGGCUCGUUCGGCGGCGUCACAGGAGGACAACUCGGGUUUCAUGACAGAAUACGUUGCCACCCGUUGGUACCGUGCGCCCGAGAUCAUGUUGACCUUCAAAGAGUACACCAAGGCUAUUGACGUCUGGUCGGUGGGCUGCAUUCUCGCCGAGAUGCUCAGCGGCAAGCCCCUGUUCCCAGGCAAGGACUACCACCACCAGCUUACCCUCAUCCUCGACGUCCUCGGCACGCCAACAAUGGAGGAUUAUUAUGGCAUCAAGUCCAGACGCGCGCGCGAGUACAUCCGAUCGCUUCCCUUCAAGAAGAAGGUGCCCUUCCGCACGCUCUUCCCCAACACGUCCGACAUGGCUCUCGACCUCCUCGAGAAGCUGUUGGCCUUCAACCCCGUCAAGCGCAUCACCGUCGAGGAGGCGCUCAAGCACCCAUACCUCGAGCCGUACCACGACCCCGAGGACGAGCCGACCGCGCCGCCAAUCCCCGAGGAGUUCUUUGACUUUGACAAGCACAAGGACAACCUGAGCAAGGAGCAGUUGAAGCAGCUGAUUUACCAGGAGAUUAUGAGGUAA